CAAAAGGGAAUGAAAAAAGAACUAACCAUAAAAGAGGUUUCCACCCUGUUCUUUCACACUUCUUCUUUAAACACAGGACUGAUGUCACCAUGCUAGUGUAGGGGAACCACAUUAACCACAGGUUUUUUACGUCACUUCACAAGCUGACAGGAGAUGGACUAGCUUUUUAUGGGAAGCAAAAGUCUUCAGUUAGGUCUGACAUGAAAACGAUCGACCGAUUAACUUGAAUAUUCGUGAUGUAAAACAACAGGGGAAGAACUUGUGACAGAAAGACACCGGAGAGGGCAUUAAAUAGAAGGAAACCAGCACUUUGAAGCCGAUCCUGAGCAGCUUCACCAAUAGAAUGAGAAGAAGGAGGAAGCAGUGAGUUACACCCUGAAGCAAAAACAAUCCAUGUGACCCCCAGCUUUGGAAAACAACCAUCCUGCAGGCUUGAGAUCUCUCAAAAAAGAAGAUUGAUGACACCAUAAAUGGAGAGAUACAAGAAAACCCCUGUGCUGUUUCUUCUUCUGGCUCUGCUUUGUGGCUGUGCUGCUGGAAACUAUCCAUGCUUCAGUAACAAUGUCCCAGAUCUCAGCUGCUACACGGACUACAAUUCUACUAUCACUUGUGUGUGGAACAGCACAGAUGUGUUUGAUCAGCCAGAUAAUGUGUGCACAAUCCAAUCCACAGGGAGAACUAAAUCUCAUAUCAGUUCCUGUAAGCUGGAACCUGUUGACGUCUCCAGACCAAUGCCAAAGAAGUGCACCAUGAACUACAAAAGAAGAGGCAAUUUCCAGACCUUCAGUAAGCUGUCUAUUAAUCUGAGCUGUAGCCCUGGGAAGCAGAGUUUAAAGAUGAUCUUCAAGCCGUCUUGUCACAUAAAGCUGAAUCCUCCACGACAACCAGUUAUCAACUUUACCAACGUUUCCUGGACAUCCCGACUUACAAACGAAACAAAUGAAAGCCUCGACUCAUACAGCUCCCAACUGCAGUGGAAACAUGAGGAUGAAUCAUGGAGUGAUCGCUCUGUGAAAAUAAAAGACACUCAAUGUGAAUAUUACUGCAAUGUGCAGCUGGACUCUGAUCAGUUCGUUCAAGAAGAGAAGUAUCAGGCACGCACUCGAGUGAAGGCCAUUUCAGAGGGCACCAAGUCAAUGUGGAGUGACUGGAGCCCCAGUACACCAUGGGUAUCUCUGAUAGGAAGAACAAGACCAACCCCCCCACCAUCAGGUAAAGAUCCUACUGGGGGUGUUUUUGGCAUUGUUGCCGCAGCAACAGGGUUUGCAGUGUUUCUGGUUGUCAUACACUUUAAGACAGACAAAACAACCUGGGUUUACAUGGCAAAGAGAAUCAAAGGUCCGCCCCUGCCGAACCCAGCAAACUCCUUCCUAAAUGAUGCAAAUUUCCAGAACUGGUUGAGCCCGUACUUUACCAGUGAAUCCUUUCAGUCCUUUUUAAAACCGGUGGACAUCGUCUCUGUUGAGGUAACCUCCACUGUGGAUGCUGUUGCACCCUACGGGCCAGAGGCGGCACUGCUGGAGAAGAUGAGAAGUGAAAGCAGCCAUGAGUUGAUUGGCUCUAACUUCUCCAACCCCAGUUACUCCAAGCUGUGUCCUCCUCUUCCUCCUCCUCCUGUCUCCUCGCUCACCGCGGGGAAUCUGGCGCCCUGCGCCACCGAUACACCUUAUGGACCCAUCGGUUGUCAAGGUCAAGGUAACAGUGACCAACAGGACAGGGAUGCAAGAGGGAAAGAAGUGGAUAUCCGCCAGUUGCUCUCCAAAGGCAGCAACAACAGUGAGCCUAUGCCAUUAAUUUCAGACUAUGAGAAGGCUGAGAAGCUCCAGGUCGAGCGUGUCAGGCUCCAGAGUCUGGAUUCAGGCGUGUGCAGCAGCGAAGAAGUCAGUCAAGAGAGCUUUGAGGCAGAUAGCAUCAAUGUGACUGAUAGCCAUGAGGACGGGCUUGAAGGAGAGGAGCAGAUGGAGGGAGGGAAUGGGAAAGGAGUAGAUUUCCAGAAGUUGUUUGGAGGCAGUGUAAAUAUUUUAGGCAAAGGGUCCAUUCAGGUUUAUUCUGGUUACGAGCAAGUCCAGAAGCUGCCGGCUGACAGCCCUGAGAUCUGGAACGUGGAUCCAGACGUUGGUAGCGGGGGCCAGGAGCAGAUGAGUCAGGAGGAAAGCUUGGAAGAUAUUGAUAAGUUCACUGAAUCUACAAGCCUCCUGCUUCCUCCUCCUCCUUCCAGCGUAUUAUCAUGCUCCUUGCCCUCUUUCACACCACUGCCUUUGAACUUCUCUGGGCCAGGUCUGAGUCCAGCUCUGCAACCCAUGCCAAGUCAUUUACUUGAGAGGAUUGCUCGAAUGUCAGCUAACAGGUCAGUGGAGCCCUCCGCUGACGGAUAUAUGCCAGUUAGACAGGAACAGAGCUAAAAACUGACAGCAGGCGUUACAGUAAAUGCUGUACAACACUGUAUGUCGCAGGCCUGACAUUGCUAGACCAAAUCGCAAAUGUGUGUCGUCUGAAACCUCUCACUUAAUUUUACAUUUCAAGGGGCAGUACUGUGGUAGAACAACAUGCCUCUUGACUUGAUUGGAUAGACUAAAGUGACCUAGAGUGGUCAAAUGUCAACAUACUGCAGUGGAGUCAGCUAGCAGAUGACCGCACUGUUUAAA